AUAGUGUGGCACAAUAUCUCACUAUGGAUAGUUACAGAUGCUUUCAGUGUCUUGAUUUAAUUAGGGGGGAUAUUUCUUGCCUAUUCCAUCAUUUAAAAUACACACAUACAACAACCAGGGGAAAAAAUGUAAGUAUAACAUGCAUGCAAGGGGCAUGUAGACUAACAUUUCGUACAUUAUCAGGAUAUAGAAAACAUCUCAUUUCAAAGCACGCUGCACGGAUAAAGACGUCAAGCACAACUACAAAAGCAGUUCCAGAUCACCAAAGUGAAACCUGUUAUGAAGGAUCUGUUCUACAUGUAGGAAAGAAUAACAACACUGAAGGGAAUUUGGAACAACUGCACCAGGAAAAGGCAUUGUUUGUUGGAGAAAGCAGUGAGCAGGAAGAUGUCUCUUUUGAAACGCAAACAGAGAGACUACCUGAUAUUGCAGCAAAGUUUGUAGCAGAACUCAGGGCAAGGACUAAUGUGCCUGCUUCACACACCAACAAGGUCAUUCAAACCGCACAAGAUUUGGUUAUUUCUGUGUUACAAACUGUGCAACAGGAUGUGAUGGAUAUCUUAAGUGAGCCACAAUAUGCAGCUAACAGUGAGCUGAGAUCUGAUAUACAAGAUGUAUUCGAGAAUUCAAAGAAUCCAUUUUCAGAGCUCAUGUCAGAUACUCAACAGAAAAAAUAUUUCUCUGAGAAAGGUGAUUUCAUUCAGCCUUGUGAGGUGUUGUUGGGAACUUGCUUAAAACCAAAAAUUGAUCAAAAGACAGGUGAUCCACUGCAAAGCACACAAAAAGAAACCUUUCAAUAUAUACCACUAGCUGACACUAUUAAACAAUACUUAGAGCGACCAGGAGUAAUGAACGCCAUACUGUCUCAAAAAGGAUCAAAAGAUAAUGAUGUUUUGUAUUCAUUCAAAGAUGGUCACUAUUAUAAAAGGCAGGAAGCUACUGCUAGACAAGACUGUGAAUUCUUAGUGCCUCUGUUGUUGUACAAUGAUGAGUUUGAGACAGCCAAUCCGCUUGGGUCAAAACGCGGCAAACACAAGGUAAGUGCCUUUUAUACAAGUGUGUUAUCCCUUCCCAGGAAAUACCAGGCUAGGCUGGAAAAUAUCAUGCUCACAGCUAUGAUCACAUCUCCGCUUUUGAGUAAAUAUGGCAUCUCAGAAGUUUUGAAGGUAAUCAAGGAUGAUCUGCAGCAGAUGUGGACUGAUGGACUCACUAUCAAGUGCAAAGAGUUUGAGGGUAGGGUCAAACCCUACUUAUUCCAAGUUGUAGGGGACAAUCUUGGCAUUCAUGCCAUGCUGGGAUGUACAACCUGUUUCCGUGCCAACUAUUACUGUAGAUUCUGUAGAGGGCAUCGCUCGUUGCUUCAGAAACAGCCAAAAGAGGAUGCCCAAUAUCUCCGUGAUGAAAUAAACUAUGAUACAGAUCUUCAAAAGCCCUUGUCAGAAUCUGGCUUGAAGCAUGCAACAGUUUUGAAUGAAUUGCCUUACUACCAUUCCACCCAAAACUUAUGUCCAGAUGUAAUGCAUGAUUUUACAGAGGGAGUCUUGCCCCUGGAAAUGCACCUUGUUUUGAGUAAACUUGUUCAGAAGGGUUUCAUAACACUGGAUGAGGUGAACAGUAGAAUAUCCUCAUUCAAUUUUGGCUUUGUGGACCGCAAAAACAGACCAAGCCCAAUCAGGCAGGCAUCACUGAAGAAUCCAUAUUCUGCCAGUGGACAGACAUCAGCACAGAUGACGUGCCUUGCAUACAACAUCCCUCUCAUGAUAGGAGACAAGAUUGAUGAGAUGUGUGAUGAGUGGGAACUCUUACUGUCAAUCAUUGACAUCUUCAAAAUCAUUAUGAGUCCCAGUAUCAGUAAGUCUGCCAUCUAUGUCCUGAAGGCAAUGAUUGAUGAUCACCACAGGCUCUUCAUGCAGCUCUUCCCUGAAGCUAGUCUAACUCCGAAGCAGCACUUUCUUGUGCAUUACCCACGUGCACUGAAACACCUUGGGCCACUGACCCAGUAUUCAGCAUUGCGUUUUGAAGCAAUGCACAGACCUUUCAAGCAGAUUGCCAGUGUAUCUUGCAACUACCAAAACAUUGUCAAAACAUUGGCUAACAGAUACCAAAUGGCACGGUGCUACAGGUCAGUAUCAAAUCAGUCACUGGAUAGCCAAGAUAUCAAUGUGUCACAGCAAGCUGCAGCAAUGCUUGGUGAUCUACUUGAUGAUGAGGCACUUUGCAAAAAAAUUAACUGUGGAAGGGGAACCGAAGUUACAGUUGCUGGGAAAGUGGACAUUCAUGGAUAUGAGUUCCGGGCAGGUGUUGAUGUACUUCUAUAUUGGACUGAUGAUGAUGGACCCACGUUUGGACGUGUUCAGCAUAUUGUAGUGGUGCAAGAAAAGUUGUAUCUGCUCCUUCGGCUGUAUCAGACCUUGUACUUCAACAGACAUGUUGAAGCAUUUGCAGUACAGGUGGGCAGAGAGGAAGCACAAGCUGCUGUUGAAUGGUGUGACCUGUUUGAUCACAGGCCAGUCAAUGCUGUCCAGUCCUAUAGUGGAAGAGGGCGCUGCUUGUAUAUUGUGGUGCACCAUUCAUUCAUCUAGGAACAAGAAGUAUCAUGCUGCAAAUCAACAAAGCAUGGAACAAGCAUCAACGUCGACAAGAAGCCCAUCAGUGUUCUCCUUAGAUGACUGCUCAGAUCUCUCUUGUGUAACAGGAAGUGAGUGGAGUCCCAGACAAAGCCCUUCCCAGCCCAGUUUGGAUACGCCACUUUACGACUCCCCAGAAUCCAAGAGUCCUGAUCAACAUCCUCCCCUGAAACGGGUCAAGAAAGUGCAUUUCAACAUUGCUUGUAUAUUGAGAGAGACCACCAUGGGAAGAGCAGCAUUAAGGAACAUCAAUGCUACAAAUCUCUGCAGCAAAAGGGACCGGCAUACUGUUGUGGAUAUGUUGACUCAGUACCUGAUACGGGAGUAUGGUACCAAGCCAAGCUCAUUUGUGAAGGCAUCAAUGGCCCAUGCCCUUGUGACAAGCUUUCCUUUCUUAAAAGAUCCAGAAUCUCCACUUGGCUAUGAGGCCUGGUACUGCGUGGGGGCCAAGGGACGGCCAGCAACAGGCUACCUGGAGGAGCAUCUGAGGUAUGUCAGAAAAAAGGAGAAGUCCCUGAGGGUACCAGUAGCUGAAGACGAGGCAGAGUCUCAAAAGCAAGGAGAUACUGAUCUUGAGUCUGUGAACGAUGAUAACAUCACGACAAUGGAAGAAUGGCUGCGUAACAACAAGGAGCCAGAGGACAUGGUGAAGGACUACAUGAAACAAACAGCAACAAAAAGACAUGACUGGAUCAAGAGAAGUGACUGUUGUGUGAAGAACAUUCUUACCACAUAUCCCAGACUUCUCGAUGCUGGAAUGAUUGAAGGAGAUUUUGCAGAAUUGUUCCCAGAGAAAGCAAACGCACUGUACCAGAAGUGGCCCACAUUCUGUAACAAAGUAGUGGACUUCACCGAGAAAACUGGCAACUGGAGAAGUGCAAGAGCCGAAUUCGAAAACAUUCAUGACCCUGGGAAACUCAGUCUUGAGGAAAAGAGCAAUCUUGGAUUCUACAUGCUCCCAGUCUUGUUCCGAGGAAGGAAAGAUUCCAAGAGAGGAACGUACACCACUGCAGAAACAUUGUCGUCCUUCAUUGACGUUCAACCAGAGGUUCUCGACAUCCAGACUUAUGUUGAUAACAUUGAUGAAGCAGUCAGGUCACAGCCAUUUGUUGUUGUGCGUGGGAACAUUCUCACACCAAUACAGGCGUACGUCGUAGUAGAGAGGAGGAUACUUCCUGCCGCAACACUGCUUAAAGCAGUCGACUUGUGCUUUAAGGCACUUUAUGUGAUGGAUAUCGAAUAUCAGCCGCAAAGCUGUUCUGUUUGGAAAUUUCUCCAGAUUGUGGUGUUCCAGUUUACCGAUGGGGAGCAUCUUACACCAAAGCUGCGGGAGGUCCGAGCCUUCAUGAACAUGCCAUAAGCCAUCAUGAUGUGUUCACGCCAAGGAUGAUUACUGGUGAUAUAUUUCCUACAGAUGAAACUGACACAUCAUCGUUUAGCACAUUUUGGCUACUUGAACCAGUUUAUUUUGGGAGAAAAAAAACUGGAAAAAAGUAUUAUUUUGGACAAAAUAACCUUAAAGACAAACUGUUAUGAGUUGGAUACAGCACAUUAUUUUACAUAAUUUAGACAUGUUUGUGUAAGACUGAAGAUUUGAGGGUGGGGUGAGGAUCGCUGAAUAAUAUAAAAAAAGAGAGAAUUUAUACACAGCAGAAGUCUUUGUGUACAUUUUAAAAAUGAUAAAGGCCUAAUUGUUUUAUCCCAAUCAUUGCUUAACAUCCCCACCUUGAAAGUUUAAGAAAACAAAUGAAUAUAUGCCAAGUAUAAAUACAAAACAUAUUAUUGGCUAUAAAUCUUUUGCACUGGCGUAUACAAAUGCUUAUCGUGUUUGGUCUUAAUCCCAAGAGUACUGUUUCAUAACUCGUACAUCAAAAUGAUAUAUUUCUUCAUAAAACAUGAGCUAUGAUAUUUAUGACGUUUAAAACAGCAAGUGGGGUAUAUGAUUGUAAAUUACAUAUACCAUUAAUUUUCAUGUAAUGUGUAUCGUCCAUUGACCCUACGCUGAACUCUCUGCUGAAUGGACUGCAUGCAUUAAUUUACAUCGCGCAAAGCAGAAGUAGAGAAGUCAACAUUUUCAUCUACAUUUUGCAAAAUUGUAUUGAUAUUAUUGAUAAUAUCAAUAAAAUCAAUCAAACUGAGUAUAGCAGGUAGGGUCAAUUGAUUUUUGUUGUCUUUAAUCUAAUCAAAAAGUUAUAGUAGGCAGUGUGUAUCCUUGUUAUUUGAUCAGUACCUGUUCACCAUCACAGAUAGCCAAACUUUCAUGUGGUACUUCUGCACAUGUCAAAUAAUCUAGAGGGAUUUGAAUUUAUUUCCUCUUUUUUUUUCACUUCAAAAAAAUGUGUGCAUGUGUAACACUCUAAGGCAGAGUAUUGGUGUGUCAGGAUAAAUGAACACUAUGCCACACAUGGGAGUACAUGGGAUACAUACAGUGUACAUCAAAGUUGUCAUGCUGCACCAAACAGGGGCUAUAUUUGCAUUUACUUUUUUUAAAAGGUUGUAUUUUUUUCACCAAAAAUUGUAAUGUUGUAGUUGAUGUGAACAAGUUUUGUUUUUACGUUUCUGAUGAAAACAACAACAUGUGUUUACUGUGUAUGUUAUUUGUGUUUCAGUUAAGCAAUUAUUACCCUUUAGAUGAGAAAAAGAGUUGAGCAAAUAGAUGUUAUGGAAAAAAUGUUGAGCAAUGAUUAUCCAACAGACGAAUUAAAAAGUUGGGCAAAUGGA